AUGACGGGUCACGCAGUGGUCGUGUGGGAAUACGAAAUUAGGUCGGGCUACUGGAAGCCCUACAGCCCCGCCGUUAGCCAGCAUUUGGAGCGGGCCAAAGCCAAGCAAUUGACGCGCGUGCUGCUCUCCGACGCCGAUCCCACGCUGCUCAAUUACUUUAUCAAUCUGCGAACGCUGACUCAAGAACUGGAAGAUUCCGAUGUGAUAGUACCGGUUAGAAGGAAGUGCUAUUCUCCGAAUUCUCCGGCCGGAAAAGGGGCCAGAUGGGAAUGUAAUGGAUCGGAACACAGCCAAGAGUGGCAUCCUUUCGAUAUGGAUAUACAGUGUUUAAUCGAAGAAGCAUGGGCGAAGGGUGACCAAAUGUUGGAUAUGAGCAAGACUCAUUUAGGAUUUCCGUAUUUAAUAAAUUUUAGUAAUCUAACGCAAAAAUGGAUGACUAACGGGUACGUGCGAAACGUCAGAAGAAUCAAGCAGGCGCCCUAUCCUUUAGUCAAAGUGAAAUUGGAGGAAUUAGCUCCGGUGACUGGGCGCAGGCAUACCAACAGCAGGAACUCCUGCAGAACGCCCAACACGAAUACCAACUCGCACUGCGCCAAAGUCAUAGGAAGCAGCGCCAUUUUGAACCAAUCGGACGCCAACAAGAAAUCCACGAGCAAGAAAAAAACCAACGGCAAAUCGAAAUCGACCAACGAUUCGACCCCAGCCAAUCUAGCCCGGCAAAUACUGAAUAACCUCAACAUAUUCGGCCACAAAUCCAGCGCGACGCCCUUGUUCAAUUGCACGGAAAACAAAACUCUCUUGGACGCCGACAGCAGCAGCACCAAAUCCGGCCGAAGGCCCAGCCUCGACACCGUCUCGACUUAUUUGAGCCAGGAGAGCAGAGACAGCCAAGCGACCGCCUCCACCGCCGAUCUGAUCAACUGCAACGCCAGCGACGACGGCGCCGUCGACGAUUUACCUUCGAUAGUCGGCCUGGAUCCGGCCAGCGCUUCGAUAUCGCGCUUCGUGCGAUUGUCGAAGCCCAGCGAAUGGGCCCCCAGGCAACCGUGUCCGGUGUGCAGGCAGCAACUGAGGCCCGAGACGGCGGUGAUUGCCCUGCCGUGUACGCACGUCUUGCAUUUGGAUUGCUUGAAUUACGCGCUGACCGAGCAGCAAGAGGCCGGGGCGCAUUUGCACAUCCAAUGCGCCGUCUGCGGGUGCGUGUACGGCGAGAAGCACGGCAACCAGCCGCCCGGCACGAUGGAGUGGAAGAGGAUCGAUAGGAGUUUGCCCGGCCAUCCGGGGUGUAGGACAAUUCAAAUAAUUUACAAUAUUCAAUCGGGUAUACAAACUCCGGAUCAUCCGAAUCCGGGUAGGGAGUACUACGCCGUGGGUUUUCCUCGGUACGCUUAUCUUCCGGAUAACCCGGGUGGUAGGAAAGUGUUGAGGUUGUUGCACGCGGCGUGGCAGAGGAAGCUGAUAUUCACGGUGAGUAAAUCCCAUACGACGGGGUGCGAAGACGUCGUCUCGUGGAACAUUCCGCAUAAGACUGAAGUGGGACCGAGCAUGAAUACGUACAGUUACCCCGAUCCGGCGUAUUUGAAUAACGUCAUUAGAGAAUUGGAGGCGUUGGGGGUGGUGGAGGAGAACGUGUCUAGGAGUUAG